AUGGCCACUUUUGCAACCGCUUUUCCUACCACGGCUCCCACUACACCAAAUGCAUCUUCUUCCCUCAAACGGCGCAUGUCCCCUAUCAGUCAUAAUCAUUCUCCCAAUUGGCCAGAAUACGAUGCUCCCACUGCCGUACUUGUACCGCCAUCCAUGAUGAUGCAACAAAGUCAAUAUCAACAACAAAGUCAAUAUCAACAUCAACAACAAAGUCAACAACCUUCCUUCAAGAGGGUUCGACUCACCCACAACUCUCCAGGCGAAUUCUGCUUGCAACGAGAUCUCAAGUCCUUGUCACACUCUCAUCAAUGGAACCAUCAACCAUCCAAUGCUAUUGGCGGUGGCAGUGCCUGUGGUUGGGUCUACGAACAAGAUCCCAACAUUCGUCUUUACAAAUCAUCCAGCAACAACAACGACAACAACAUCAACAACAACUGGGGAGGACAGCAGCAGCAGCAGCAACAACUGCAACUGCAACUGUUGCUCGAAUUUUCGCAGGAUGCCAAGAUUACCAUUUCCAUUCCACGCAUGUAUCCCCACGAAGCACCGACUGUCACCAAUAUUCAAGGCUUGUGGAUGGAUUCCAUUCUCAUUCGGUCCUUGCAACCCAACCAGCACUGCAAUCAUCAUCCUGAUUACAAUCAGAAUGGUGGUGAUGCUGUUGCUCAGAACAAUACCAACAAUAAUAAGACGAUCGUCUUUCAUUGGUCCCCCAUUGUCAAUAUAUCCACCCUACUCGAAUUUUGCAUUUCCCAUGCCAAGAUGCAUCCCACCUAUCCACAAGCCAAACUACCGCCUCACUAUUGUUUGGGCGAACGCAGCACCAAUACUCUGCAUCAAUGUCAUCCGCAACAACAGCAACAACAGCAACAACAACAGUUGCAGCAUUCUCAUUCGGCAAAAGGAACAAUGCACCAGCAUCCACCAAACAAUAUCAAUGACUCGGAAAACAACGAGAUGGAGGUAUCCCAUCCCUUCAAGUAUACUUCACCAUUUGCACCCAAUCGCUUUGAUGUGGGAUACAACAAACAACAGCAGCAACAGCAGCAACAAAUGUCUUGUUGUCAUUCCAACAAUGGUCAGGAUACAAUGAUGGAAAUGUAA